CAGCGUGUGAAGCCAGACACUGUGCAGUUUUUGGACGAGCGACUGAGGGAUAAUCGGUUCGAGGCGAGGGGAGGGGUUGAAGAUGAUUACGGCCACCGUGCAGCCCGCGACUUGAUCGUCACGCGUGGUGCUGGAUUCCGGAAGGAAAAGAACAAGAAAAAGAGGGGGAGCUACCGCGGAGGAGAAAUAUCGGUGUGUAUCCGUGUCCCUCAUCUGGACAUAUACAACUGA